AUGACUGAGAGAACAUGGGCACAGAUUUGCCAACUCAGAUCUUGGAAAGCUUGGAAGCCCUGCCGCUUAUCACUCAGAAACACACAGCUGGAACAGCUUCACCUUCAGCUGCAGGAGCUGCUUAACCAGCUGGAAGAGAAGCCGAGAAGGUUUGGAGCCUUAAUCUUGGCCAUGUCUGCACAAUCCACCACUGCUAAUGGAAAGCAGUGGAGGGAAAAGGCCAACUUAUUUUUCACAAAAGUUCAAAAACAUGAUUCUGAAGAAACAAUAGUCUUUUCAACAAAUUUUCCUAAAACAAUUAGAUAUCUAUAUGCCCCCCCAAAAAAGAUUCAUGCCUUGGAUGGAAGACAGGGCGACUGGAAGUCCAACUACUUCCUUAAGAUUAUCCAACCUUUGGAUGAUUAUCCAAAAUGCUUCAUUGUGGGAGCAGACAAUGUGGGUUCAAAGCAGAUGCAGCAGAUCCGCAUGUCCCUCCGUGGGAAGGCUGUCGUGCUGAUGGGCAAGAACACCAUGAUGCGCAAGGCCAUCCGAGGGCAUCUGGAGAACAACCCAGCUCUGGAAAAACUGUUACCUCAUAUCCGGGGGAAUGUGGGCUUUGUGUUCACCAAGGAGGACCUCACUGAGAUCAGGGACAUGCUGCUGGCCAAUAAGGUGCCAGCUGCCGCCCGUGCUGGUGCCAUAGGCCCAUGUGAGGUCACUGUGCCAGCCCAGAACACUGGUCUGGGGCCCGAGAAGACCUCCUUCCAGGCUUUAGGCAUCACCACUAAAAUCUCCAGAGGAACCAUUGAAAUCCUGAGUGAUGUGCAGCUGAUUAAGACCGGAGACAGUGGGAGCAGCGAAGCCACGCUGCUGAACAUGCUGAACAUCUCCCCCUUCUCCUUUGGGCUGAUCAUCCAGCAGGUGUUUGACAAUGGCAGCAUCUACAACCCUGAAGUGCUUGACAUCACAGAGGAAACUCUGCAUUCUCGCUUCCUGGAGGGUGUCCGCAAUGUUGCCAGGGUAUGUCUGCAGAUAGGUUACCCAACUGUGGCAUCAGUGCCCCAUUCUAUCAUCAAUGGAUACAAGCGGGUCCUGGCUUUGUCUGUGGAGACUGAUUAAGCCUUUCCACUUGCUGAAAAGGUCAAGGCCUUCUUGGCUGAUCCAUAUGCAUUUGUGGCUGCUGCCCCUGUGGCCGCUGCCACCACUGCUGCACCUGCUGCUGCUGCAGCCCCAGCCAAGGCUGAAGCAAAGGAAGAGUCGGAGGAGUCUGAUGAGGAUAUGGGAUUUGGUCUCUUCGACUAAUCAGCAAAAAGCAACAAAUUCAGCCAAGUUUAUUUGUGAAACAAGGAAAUAAAGGCUUACUUCUCUUGAAAAAAAAAAAAAAA